AUCACCUUUUCUUUCUCGAAUUUCUAUUUAUUUUUCUUUGAAUCCACGACUUUGGGUUUUUUUUUCUUUUCCAUUUUUCGAAUAAACAUAGAGAUAAAAAUUGAAAAUUUCUUUAAAGAACUUUGAAUUUUAUUGUAAAUUUUUUUCUGGGUUUACAAAAAUACAAGAAUGCCGCCAGAAACAACGUCCGACCAAGAACGAGAUGAUUCAGAUGUUGAAUUCGUCGAGGUUGAUCCUACAGGUCGUUACGGUCGGUACAAGGAGGUUCUGGGAAGAGGAGCUUUCAAAAAAGUAUAUAAGGCAUUUGAUGAACUUGAAGGUAUAGAAGUAGCAUGGAAUCAGGUUAAGGUCACGGAUUUAUUGCGAAACUCGGAAGAUUUGGAGCGUCUUUAUUCGGAAGUUCAUUUGCUCAAAACUUUGAAGCAUAAGAAUAUAAUUAAAUUUUACAAUUCCUGGGUUGAUACCAAGAAUGAAAAUAUCAACUUCAUCACUGAGAUUUUCACUUCAGGAACCUUGCGACAGUAUCGAAAGAAGCAUAAGCAUGUUGAUUUGAGGGCAUUGAAAAAAUGGUCUAAGCAGAUCUUGGAGGGUCUUCUUUAUCUUCAUAGUCACGAUCCCCCGGUGAUUCAUAGGGAUCUAAAAUGUGAUAACAUCUUUGUGAAUGGUAACCAAGGUGAAGUCAAGAUCGGAGAUCUAGGAUUGGCUGCUAUUCUUCGCCAAGCUCGUUCUGCACAUAGUGUUAUUGGUACACCUGAGUUUAUGGCACCAGAACUCUAUGAGGAGGAAUAUAAUGAGCUUGUAGAUAUUUAUGCUUUCGGCAUGUGUUUGCUGGAGUUAGUGACCUUCGAGUAUCCAUAUGUUGAAUGCACUAAUGCAGCUCAAAUAUUCAAGAAAGUGACAUCAGGAAUAAAGCCAGCAUCAUUGGCAAAAGUGACCGAUCCUGGAGUGAAGUUAUUUAUUGAAAAAUGUAUUGCUAAAGCCUCGGAACGGUUGUCUGCGAAGGAACUUUUAGGGGAUCCAUUUCUCCAACCUGAUGAGGAAAAUGACAGUGUAGGUCGUUCUUUACGACCCAAAGCUCAAUCUUCUUCAGAUAGUACUUCUGAUCCGACUAAUUUCAGGGGAAAUACCAAGGAUCUUCAAUCGGAGACGAGUGUGGAUGUCAAAGUGCAAGGUCAAAGGAAAGACGUUAACACGAUAUUUCUGAAACUUAGGAUAACAGAUUCUACAGGUCAAAUUCGCAACAUCCAUUUCCCUUUUGAUAUUGAAGCAGAUACAGCGACUGCUGUUGCCAGUGAAAUGGUUGAGGAAUUGGAUUUAACAGAUCAAGAUGUUCCAACAAUUUCCGAAAUGAUUGAAUCCGAAAUCCGGUCCCAUAUUCCCAAUUGGGUUCCAAAUGAAACUCCCACUGAUUGUUUUGGUGAAAUUGCAAAUUCUGGUAACUGUAUCUCUGAAAAUAAGGGUGAUGGAACCUCAUCUCCAGGUCGUCUUUCACUAGAGAGAUUACCUUCGGGUCGAAGAUACUGGUCUGACCCACCAAAGGCAGCUAGUGGAAACUCUCCAGCCAGUUUUGGUGUUUCUCACAUUGCUUCUCAGGUAGAUUUUGUAGCAGAUAACUUGGUUGGACUUGAUGAACAAUCACAUGAUAGCUACAAAAGCGAAGGGAAAAUAAACAGUAGUACUUCACUUGAGCGACCCGACAAUGAGUUCACACAUCACAAUGGCAGAGAUGAUAGUGAUGACAGUAAUGGAACGCAAUCAUCAUCAAAAGAGAACUGUAAGCCAUUAAAGGAUACCGAAUCAGUGGUGAGGGUAACAACAGAGACACUCGAGUCUAUGCUGGUAAAGCAGCAAAUGGAGAUAGACGAGCUAAAGAAGCAGCACAGACUAACCAUAUCAGACUUUCUGAAAGAACUUGCUCCAGAAACCCGUGAAAAGGUUUUGGCUACAUGUAAGAUAAAGAUUCCAGAUUAAACUAUUCAAUACGACACAAACCGCUAAAUGCACUUCUACAUAGGAUAUGAUUUCACAUUUAGUCUCUCCGACGUUUGCAGUUUGAUUAUAGUACGUAAUCCUCAUACUUGAAUAUCUAAUAGGCACUCCAUUACUGCUUAGAAGUGCUUCAGUUUUGUUUGUAAAGUUCGACUAUCUGUGUUGGGAGCUGAUAAAUCUGCAGGAAUUCCCAGUAUACGGCUAUUCAGCGGUGAGACGAGAGCAACAAUGCUCCGUAUUGGCACGACAUAUUGGCUAAAAUGGAAAGGACUAUUAAACCGAAACUUUGGUUUCGAGGCGCUAUCGAGGUGAGGGAUUGUUCCUGCUAGUGUAUAAUAUAGUUUUGAAUGUCUUAUAGGAUAUAUGCACAUCAUUGAUACAGUUUUUUUGUUCUUCAAUUGCUAGAUUUUGUAUAUAUGAUUCUAUCUUCUUUUUCAUUUACUAGAUUUUGUUUGCUUCAAAUUACAAUGUUUGAAGGGUACAGACAUUCAUAGAUUCCUUUUUCUGGAAAUGUAGCUUUGUGUAGUCCAAAAGUUCUUUU